GUUUUUUUUUAUUCGUGAGCAAAUGUUAACUGCUCGUUGACGUCGCUAUUUUUGAGGAUGUUUGGCUGAUUUGACGUCGAGCCUGGGGUACAAGUUAUUUCACUCGGACGGUGGCUAAAAAGAUUACAUGGCCCAGGAACUGAGGUUUAAAAGACUGCAUUGCCAUGUCUCAGCCCGAGUCUGAAGUCACCGUUUGGGACUGGUUAAGUGGCCUUCGUCUCGAGCAGUAUUCCAAAGCAUUCCAAAUUGCAGGCCUGUCGUCCGUAGCAGAAUGUCAUAACCUCACACCAGAUCAGCUCGAGAACAUAGGAAUAUCUCUUCCGGGCCACCGUAGACGAAUUCUUGCCAGCCUGAACAAAACUCGAGAUGUCACCUCUCUGCACCUGGAAGCCCAGUCAGUCUUUGUACUGGCAGCGAGAGCAGAGCAUGAGCAAGUUAUGGAGGAGAAUGAAAUUGAACCCUUGGCUGGGGGCGCAAUAUCAGUCAUGCAGGAAAAACAUUUUCUGAACAAAGCUGAGAAAGAAAAUGCACGUACCCCUGAACCUGCACCCAGAUUAAGAGAGAAACCAGUCCCAAGGGACAGACAAGCAUCCAGGAUGAAAGAGGAAACUGGAGACACAGAGGUGAUGGUAUCUCUUGAACAUAAUGAAGAGGAAGAAGAUGUUGAUGCAGAGAAACAGAGGCCAGUUCCAAAAGAGAGGACAAGGUUCAACUCCAGUGCUCCGGUCCUAUUGGAGUCUCAAGCCAGCUCUCAAAUUUUCCCAUCUUGUGACACCUCUUUGCCACCGGUACCCCCACGGAGCUCCUUGAACUGCCCGCCACAACGCUUCACAAUGACCCUGACACCCUCACCGACGGUACAAAGCCCAACCACGCCUCAACACACCAAGUCGCUCAUCAAAGAGGCACCGGUACAGGUUCAAUCUUUGUCCUACACCUCAACCCAGUACCCCACACAAGAAACCCUUCGAACUGAGCCUCAGACAUCUUGCAUUCACCCGCCGACUCUCCAUUCAAGAUCUGAUAAAAUACCAGCGAUAUCGCCCAUGGCCCUCACCGUCACCCCCAGGCAAGAGAGAAAUGCUCCACCUCUCCCUCCAAAAGCCGGGUCAUCAGUACCAAGAGGGCCCCCAAAAAUUCCAAGCAGGAAUCCUGUACGUCCUUCCAAAAUUGAAAGCCCUCCUCCUAACAAGACCGAUGAGCACCUUCAAGACCAAACCCCGAAUGUUCUGCCUCGCAUCAUGACUUCUCAAACUCAAGAAGUCAUACAACAGUCAAGCCAACCUGCCUCUCAAGUAGCCCUGCCUGCAGAAAUAGUCCCCCAGCUUCCUCCGCAGACAACAUUCUGUCCACCAGAUACACAUUCAGAUGACUAUGAAGAAACGGACACGUGUUAUGCCAGUGUUCAUCCAGUGAACCUUUUAGACAGGGAAAUGUCUCUGCAAGUCCCUCUGAAAGCAAAGGGGCGGUACAGUUCUUUGUGCAGUGAUGACGAGCUAUUAGAGGAUGACGAUCCUAGUGUUUGGGAAGAACGAGGCCUCGGCAGCCUGCAAGGCAGCAUCUUUCUGCCGAACACUGGCAGACUGGCGUCGGCACCUAAAGAAGACAACUCCCAGCUCUCUGCUGUCAUCAAGAUGGGCUGGCUUGACAAGAAUCCACCUCAGGGGGCCCUUUAUUAUCAGAGGCGAUGGGUAAAGCUGGAUGUUGACUUCCUGCGAUAUUUUGACAACGACAAGCAAGUGUACUCAAAGGGAAUCAUCUCGACCGCAUCGAUAACGAAUGUGACAAGUGUGGGAGAGCUGAAGUUUGAGGUCAUCACACACAAUCGCACUUUUAUCUUCAAGGCUGAAAGUGACGUUGAGAGAAAUGAAUGGGUGACUCUGCUGCAGGACUGCACAAGGGGGCGCCACCGACGUAGUACAUUGAACCCUGGCUCGCCUUUGACGUCAGAGGUUAAAGGCUAUUUGGAGCUCAAAGGUCUACGCUCCAAACUUUAUACAGCUGUGGCUUCAGAUAAGGUCUUUCUCUAUAAAAAUAUGGAGGACUACCGUAUUGGAGUCGGCAUCACAUCAAUCGAGAUGAAUGUAGGAAAUGUUAAAGUCACAGAUCGCCGCAGUUUUGAUCUCACUACCCCUUACCGCAUUUUCAGUUUCAUAGCCGAGUCAGAGCAAUUGAGAGAUCAUUGGGUGGAUGCAAUGAGGGAUGCCAUAGGUGAGGCCUUGUCCAAUAGCGAGGUUGCUGAGCAAAUAUGGGCGGAGCCAUGCAACAGUUCCUGUGCCGAUUGCAGCGCUCCUAAGCCGGAAUGGGCGGCCAUCAACUUGUGCGUUGUGAUCUGUAAGCGAUGUGCAGGAGAACACAGAGGACUGGGCCCUAACAUCUCAAAGGUCCGGAGUCUGAAAAUGGACAGGAAGGUUUGGACCGAGGAUCUUAUUCAGGUGUUCCUCUUGCUUGGCAACAACCGCGUGAACAGUUUCUGGGCAGCAAACGUCCCACCCAGCGAGGCUCUGUCGCCCUCGAGCUGCAGUGAUGACCGGCGGCGUUUCAUUACUAACAAGUACCGCCGUGGCAAAUAUAGGAAGUACCACCCUUUAUACGGAAACCAGAAAGAGCUGAAUAACGCGUUGUGCAUAAAUGUGCAGUGCAGUGAUGUGCUGGAAACAUUAAGGCUGAUUUUCUGCGGUGCUGAUGUAAAUUGUUCAACUGGCAUGGCCGAGUGUCCCACCCCUCUCUCCCUUGCCAACACACACUCUCAACCUUUGCAAGCCGUAUUACUGAGCCACAAUCUGAACACAGAUCUUCCUCGGUCAGAGGUGGACGGUGGCAUGGAAGAGGUGCCCUUUUCAGCUCCAACUUGUGUCUAUCACAAUGGCUUCCUUUUCAAGACAGGAUCUAUGGCUCGGGCUAUCACAGAACGCAAGGCCAGAGAGGAGUUCAGUCGCCGCUGGUGUACACUCAACGACGGUACAUUCAGUUACUACGAGAGUGACAAGAACUCUAAUCCGAAUGGAGCUCUGAGAGCAUCCGAAAUAGUUUGCUUGGCUGUGGAUGUACCCGAGAAACACGGGUAUGAGCACACCUUCGAGCUCUACUCUGAAUCGGAUCGUCUCUAUCUGUUUGGCACCGACGACCCAAGCAGCCACAAAGAAUGGGUGAAGUCCAUUGCCAAGAGCUUUAUCCCAGCCAAAGCAGAGCCUUUAUUGAGGUUAGGUUUUGAGCGGCUGGGGCGACUAAAAUAUAAGGAUGGCCUGAACCUGCAAACGUCCAAGGUGGGCUGGUUUGCCCUGGUGGACUCCACUCUUCAUGCUUACCUGGAGGACAGCCAGGAAGAAGAGAUACACCUUCGCAAACUUAAUGAGCUCUCAAUCCAACAAGAUAAUGAAGUACUAGUUUUGGUGGAGAGAGGAAGAACGCUGUACAUAGAAGGAGAGAGGAAGUUGGAUUUUGCUGGCUGGUGUGCUGCCAUCCAGUCUGCAGCAGGGAGUGGAGGCGACACUCUGAGUCAGCAGCAGCUGACCGACACAGACAUACCAGUCGUAGUUCACAGCUGCAUUGACUACAUCACACAAUGCGGCUUAACAUCGGAGGGGAUAUAUCGCAAGAGUGGCGUGAACUCGCGUGUUGCCGCUCUGUGCGAGAGGUUUCGUCAAGAUGCUCGAAGCCUCCGCCUGAGGGAAGGAGAGCACCAAGUUGACGACGUCUCAAACACCCUCAAACGCUUCUUCAGGGAGUUAGAAGAAGGGCUUUUCACAUCCGAAGAUGGCGGAACCUGGCUUACUACGGCUGCCAUUCAGGAUGAAAGUAUGAAAAUCCCCCAGUAUCAGAUACUUUUGAACAAACUUCCUCGUGUUAACAGGGCAACGCUACGGGCACUUAUCAAUCACCUGUACUGUGUGCAGCGGUUCUCUGAGCUGAACCAAAUGAAUCUCCACAACCUGGCCAUCGUAUUUGGCCCUACAUUGUUCCAGACGGACGGAAAGGACUAUACGGCAGGCCGUGCCAUCGAGGACCUCAUACAGUACUACACGCUCAUAUUUAAGGUGGAUGAGCUUCAGCUGAAAAAGCAACUGGAAGAGAUCACGGUUAUCAUACAAGUGCGCGAGAAAUUGAACACCAAAUUUCCUAGCACUGAACCCGGUGGGCAUUUCAUCUGCACAGUUUACUUAGAGGAAAAGAAGGACACUACUGAGCAGCAUGUGAAGAUCCCUGCAUCUAUGACAGCAGCAGAAUUGACCUGUGAAAUAUUGGACAGGCGCAACAUCUCCGUGAAAGACAAAGAGUACUGGAACUGCUGGGAGGUGAUUGACAAGGAAGAGACGGAACGCCCACUGCACUAUCGGGAGAGAGUCUUACCCAUCCUUCACUCUUUUGGCACCGACUCCCAUCUUCUCAUCAAGAAGCACAUUGCUAUGGAAGCAAUGAUCAUCUACUUGGCCAGUAAGGUUGACCCAUCCAAACAUGGCAUGAUGAAAUUCCGAGAAGAGAGGAGCAUCCUUGGGUUGGGGCUGUCCUCGGGCAGUUUCCACGACCGAUAUUUCAUUCUCAACUCCAGUUCACUGCGGAUGUACAAAGAAGUCAGAAGUAACCGUCCAGAACGUGAUUGGCCAGUCAGGAACCUGAGGGUCUAUUUGGGUAUCAAGAAGAAACUCCGUCCUCCAACAUGUUGGGGCCUGACCGUGGUCCACGAGAGUAAGAAACAAGAGAAGGCUGAGAGGCAGCAGUGGUAUCUCUGCUGCGAGACUCAGCCCGAAAUGAGGGAGUGGUACGCUACUUUUCUGAGUAUUCAGAAUGACGGCGACGUGUGGCCUCAGGAUGGACUCCAGCCGAGCCGCGCGAGCCGCGCGUUGCCCGACACGCGUCACGGUAACGUGUCACUGAUACCGUUGCGUGGCAGUGAGAAUGAGAUGCGGAACAGCGUAGCCGCUUUCAGCCAAGAUCCGCUUGCUCUGUUUAGAGACAUUCGAUAAUGGAGGCUACAAGAAAGGCCUCCAAAAUGGCUCGUCCCGUCAUCUGAAAACACAUUCCAAGUUUGACCUCUCAGCCGAAGAGACUUACGGCUCAACCUGCAGCGGGACUCAACUUCAGCUUGUAUAUCUUUUGUACAGGGAGGGCAAGUGUUCGGCGUCAUCGGGUGACCUCAUCACUCUCCAGUGACAUCAUCAGUGUGACACUGUGGACCAGAAUGAAGAAAGAGCUGGAAGUGAAGAGAACCAAAAGAGCCAUUCUUCUAGUAUUUCCCCCUGUACAUUUGAAAUAUAUACUUGAAUGUUUUUUUUUUUUUUUUGGACACUUUGAUGAAGGGGUUUUCAUCUCCGACUGGCUCCUGAAUGGCUUCCAUCUCGGCAAGAGUCAAGUGCGUAUGGAUGUGCUCCUCCCACAUUGCAUUGCAUAGCAUCAUGGACCAUAAGCAUUAAAGCACACCCUGAAGGAAACUUUAAUUCCUAUUAUGCAUUUCUUUUGAAGGAGGAUUUAACCCGUUUGCAUAAAGGCGCCAGCGGUUGGCUGCCUUUUGUUCUUUUUUCCCAUUUUGUAUAUAUAUAGAUGAUCAUCCUGCAGUUCAAAAUUCAACCACGGCCAUUUUAAGGAAAGCGUCAAGUUAAUGUGAUGGCGAAGGUGGGCCACUGUAUUUCAAGUCACCCUCUUCAAGUCGCCCUCUUCAGAUUUAAUCUGAAGUAAGAAUUUUGUAAAUUUUGUGGACACACGCGCGAUCCUCUCGGGCAAUAUAAUAGUAAUGAUCAAUGUUUACUCUUUUAGUGAAUUCUGAAACAAUCUCUUAAGUCUGUGACUGAUCUCGACUACACCACUAGCUUGUCGAGCGAAACCUGUAGGUCAAUUCCCUCUUGUGAAUUGUUCUUAUUUAUUUAGGUUCCAACGGAUGCAAGAUGGAGUGCUGUCUUUUUUUUUUUAAACCAUGUGAAGCAUAGUGUUGUGUGUGUGGGAGGGAAAAAGAAAACUAUGUACCUGAGUGUGUGUUGGUUGUAACCCAGCAGGCCUCAUGUCAAUCCAUUUUAGAGCAUUCUUAAUUUCAUCAACUAUAAAAUACAAAUCAUUGUCGGAAAUGGAGGUUUUUUUGCCCUCUAAAGUUAUCAAAUGUUGCGUGCUAUGAGCGAAAAGCGGUCUUUUUUUAUGUUCGGAGACCUAGUACAGAUGGAAUGUUUGUCAUUCUGCUAUUUAUUUAUUGUUAGGAUACUUGUUACAAGUAGCUUUUUUUCUACUUCAUAAAGGUAGCUCAAACUUCCAUAAGUGUACUUAAUAUGAAUGUCGAUUUGUGGGGGAAAAAAAGAUGUAGAUUAUUACAUAAUGAAGCAAUUGUUCACGUCUUUAAAUCAAUAAUUGGUAGAUAAAGCUGAGGUAUUUUCAAGUGAUUGUA